GCGGUGAGAUCACCGUCGUAACUUUUGUACUUUUCAGGUUCAUUUUGUCUAGCUGAACCCAAAAUAUACGUAUUCUUCACUGCCAAGAUGUCUUCCCUCUUCAGAUCGGAGGAAAUGACACUGGCCCAACUUUUCCUACAGGCUGAAGCGGCUUAUUCUUGUGUCAGCGAACUUGGAGAGCUGGGCCUUGUGCAGUUCCGAGAUUUAAAUCCAGAUGUGAAUGCCUUUCAACGUAAAUUCGUCAAUGAAGUCAGACGCUGCGAGGAGAUGGAAAGGAAACUUCGAUUUCUGAAGAAGGAAAUUGAGAAAGCUGAUAUCCAAGUUUCGGACACAGGAGAAAAUCCAGAAGCUCCCCAACCUCGAGAAAUGAUUGAUCUUGAGGCCCAGUUUGAGCAGCUGGAAAAUGAAAUGAAAGAUAGCAAUGCGAAUUAUGAAGCACUCAUGAAGAGCUUUCUGGAGUUGACAGAACUCAAGCACAUCCUUCGCAAGACGCAGACCUUUUUUGAAGAGGCCGAACUCCAUGUGCAUAAUCAACAACAGAUCCAUGAACCGCAGGGUACUGAUGACAUGCAAGCUCUCCUGGGUGAGGAGCCAAGAGGAGGUAGUGCCACAGCAACAGCAACCCAGUUGGGUUUUGUGACUGGUGUUAUAGCAAGAGAGCGAGUACCUUCCUUUGAGCGUCUUCUGUGGCGUGCCUGUCGUGGAAACGUUUUCUUCAAACAGGCAGAAAUAGAGACUCCUCUGGAAGAUCCAAGCACUGGAGACCAAGUCAACAAAUGUGUCUUUAUUAUAUUCUUUCAAGGAGAUCAGCUCAAAAGCAGGGUGAAGAAGAUUUGUGAGGGAUUCCGUGCUACGUUGUAUCCUUGCCCAGAUACUGCAGCGGAGAGGCGAGAAAUGGCCAUUGGAGUAACCACUAGAAUUGAAGAUCUUCAAACAGUAUUGAAUGAAACACGUGACCAUCGCCAUCGAUUGUUGAUGACUGUGGAAAAGAAUAUAAAUCAGUGGUUUAUUAAGGUCAAAAAGAUCAAGGCUAUUUAUCACACCAUGAACAUGUUCAACCUGGAUGUUACUCAGAAAUGUCUUAUUGCUGAGUGUUGGUGUCCAGUUAGUGACUUGGAUAGAAUUCAGCAAGCACUGCGGCGAGGCACAGAGCGCAGUGGUGCUGCUAUACCAUCUAUUCUGAAUCGCAUGACCACUCGUCAGGAGCCUCCAACUUUCAACAGGACUAACAAGUUUACCCAGGGGUUUCAAGCCAUUGUAGAUGCCUAUGGAGUAGCAAACUAUCAGGAAGUAAAUCCAGCCUUGUUUACAGUCAUCACAUUUCCAUUCUUGUUUGCGGUCAUGUUUGGAGACUGUGGUCAUGGUUUGAUCAUGUUUCUGUUUGCCCUGUGGUUGGUUGUGAAUGAAAGGAAACUGGCAGGCUAUAAAGAAGGAGGAGAGAUGUUUGAUACAGUUUUCGAGGGACGCUACAUCAUCAUGCUGAUGGGAUUGUUUGCAGUCUACACUGGUCUUAUUUAUAACGACUGCUUUUCCAAGUCCUUUAACAUCUUUGGCACAGCCUGGGAUCUUAGUGUAGAUUAUGGUCCAAUCAACAAAAAGGCAUUAGACUCUUAUGCAGAGAACCAAGAUAUUAUGGUUGAGCCACAGGAGACAUACCGUGGGAUACCAUACUACUUUGGUAUUGACCCAAUCUGGCAAUUAGCUACCAACAAACUGACUUUCACCAAUUCAUUCAAAAUGAAGCUGUCCAUUGUGUUUGGUGUGACACAUAUGAUGUUUGGUGUUUGUCUGAGUUUCUUCAAUCAUAGGCACUUCAAUAAACCUCUGAAUAUCUUCACAGAGUUUAUACCACAGGUUCUGUUUUUGUUUUGCAUCUUUGGUUACCUGGUCAUUUUGAUCUUCUACAAGUGGAUUGCCAUCAGUGUUACUUCGAAGGGUUAUCCAAGUUUGCUGUUGGCACUCAUCAACAUGUUUCUUAAAUUUGGAGGACCUAUCCACGGUUCUGAGCUUCUCUUCCCAGGACAGGAUGUUAUCCAGCCUAUACUAGUUAUCAUAGCUGUAUUGUGUGUACCUUGGAUGCUCUUGGUCAAGCCUUUUUAUCUUCGACAUCAGCACAAAGUUGCUGAAGCACAAGUAAGUCUAAGAUUUUGGGGGUUGCACAUAAUUCCACAUACAAGCACAAAAAAAACUGGAUCAAUUGCCCUUUAUCAGCUUUGUUUUAUACUAAUGUUUGACGUCAG